CUCCCGGACUUCUGGCCACGUGCAGCUGCAGCUCCAGCUCCGGCGCCGCAGCAGCGCGGCACCUCUGGGCGGCUGCGUCGGAAGUGUCUGCAGAGAUCAUGCCGGUCGUUUGGAUGCUGCGGCGGGUUGCCAGCCGGAUGCUACAGAGACCGGCCUGUGGCUGCCAGGCUCCUGUCCUGCCCAGCCGGUUUCUGGGCACCUCCCCUCAGCAGAUUCCAGCGGAUGCCAACUUCCACUCUACCUCGUUCUCUGAAGCAGACCAACCGCGUGUCUUAAUCACAGGGGGUCUUGGCCAACUUGGAGUGGGGCUUGCUAGCUUUUUGAGGAAACGAUUUGGGAAGGACAACGUGAUUCUGUCUGACAUUCGGAAGCCCCCUGAGCACGUCUUCCUUAGUGGCCCGUUUAUUUAUUCCGACAUCCUGGAUUACAAGAACCUGCGGGAGAUCGUGGUGAACAACCGUGUCACCUGGCUGUUUCAUUACAGCGCUCUGCUCAGUGCAGUGGGAGAAGCAAACGUAUCCCUGGCCAGAGCUGUGAACAUCACUGGACUGCACAAUGUCCUGGACGUUGCCGAGGAGCACGGUCUGCGAUUGUUUGUGCCAAGCACCAUCGGGGCGUUUGGACCUACUUCUCCGCGGAACCCAGCCCCCGAUCUCUGUAUCCAGAGACCCAGGACUAUCUACGGGGUGUCCAAGGUCCACGCGGAGCUCAUGGGCGAGUAUUAUUAUUACCGGUAUGGGUUAGAUUUCCGAUGCCUGAGAUAUCCUGGAAUCAUUUCUGCUGACUCCCAACCUGGAGGAGGAACGACUGACUACGCAGUCCAGAUUUUCCAUGACGCCGUCAAGAAUGGCAGAUUUGAGUGCAACCUGAAACCCAGCACGAGACUCCCGAUGAUGUACAUUGAUGACUGCCUCCGGGCCACCCUGGAGGUCAUGGAGGCCCCAGCAGAGUCCCUCUCCAUGAGGACUUACAAUGUCAAUGCCAUGAGCUUCACCCCCGCGGAGCUGGCCCAGGAGAUUCUCAAGCACGUUCCAGAAUUCCAGAUCACCUACAACGUGGAUCCUGUCCGACAGGCCAUAGCCGAUGGUUGGCCAAUGAACUUUGAUGAUAGCAACGCCCGGAAGGACUGGGGGUGGAAGCACGAUUUUGACCUCCCGGAGCUGGUGACGACGAUGUUGAACUUCCACGGUUCCGAGAGCAGAGUUGCCCAGGCUAACUGAAGGGGCCGGAGGAAGAGCUCGUGAGUCCUGGGCGGCUGUCCAGGGAAAGUCAAAAUAACCCCGAGAUUCCAGACCCCGAGGGAUCUAGAUGAUGUGGAGUUGAAGGACUAACUGGACUGUUUUCGAGCUCAUAUGGAACUGCCAGAUGGAGAAUUGACUUGGCUUUAGCGUUUUCUCAAUGCUGUAGGUUUGGUGGCAGGACCUCUGGAGCCUUUGCUGUCUGCCUAAACUUGUCCAAACACACAAAUCACAGAAUGAAGACUUAAGUCAUAAUAGUUUUCCAUUUCCUUAGUUAAGAUGAAGGAACCAUUUCCGAGAAGGUACAAGUAUGUGAUGUUUGUAUUAAAUUAAACUUAAAUAUCACUCCUAA